AUGGAUGCGCUCAACGUAGGCACUUCUCACUUGAGGAAGUCCACAGAGCACCUCUCACGCGCAGCCUCGAGCAAUGGCUACUACUCGGAUGGUACCAUCUCCUCAGCGUCCGACAUCGCCACGUCCCUCCUCGAGACUUUCAACACAGUCCUCUCGGAAGCCGAUGGCUACCUCACCUUCUUCGAAAGCCGCAUCCGACUCGAGGAAGAAUACAUCCGCAACCUCAAGCACUCACUCGAGAGGCAAAAGGAGCUCGAUGCCAAAAUCAACUCCAAGAUUGUUGGCGACGUAGGCCUCAUGGCCGACGCACAGCGUUACCCCAGUCUCAGGCGUGCCUGGCUCGAGAUGCGUCAGAACGAUCAACGCGAGCUCGAAGCACGCUCCUACAUGGUCGAAACGUGUCGUCAGGCUGUCCUUGCGCCCUUGCUGGCCUUCCGCGAUUCGCAAGAACGCAUCCGCAAGCGUGUCAAGGAGGACAUCCGCAACAGUCUGGCCCAAUACGACGAAAUGCGGAACUCGAGCCUACCCAAGAUCCGACGCGCCUACGAAAAGAGAGCAGAGGAGGUUGAGCAUCUUCAACUUCAAGCCCAAGCCGUCGAGGAUCAGCGCGUGCUGCUCAGCACUCGGACUGCUGAUCGCGAGGCCACCUCUACCAACCACAGCCGUCUUCCCUCCUACUCGGACGCUGAUCCCACAGCCACAUCGCCGCCAUCCACCUUCUCUGUCGCAGGCGGCAGCGGCCCUACCCUGAUACGUCGCAAGAGCAGCCGUCGUCACUCGCGCCGUCAUUCGAACGCCUCGUCCAAAUCCCUAGGUGCUUCAGCCAAAGGCGCCGAAAGCUCCGACGAGAGGUCCACCAUCGGCUCGCCUCCCACAACAGAAGCGCAUCUCCCAGCAACAAAUGCCUCAGCUCUCUCAACAUCGCCACCGACGCCCAAUCACGAAAAGGCGAAACCCAACUUUUUUGACGUUUUCAAGUCGCGCGAAGGAUGGGACACGGCUAGAAAGGAAGCACCCAAGAAGAUCGGUGCUCUCAUCACCAGGAUGCGAGAGGGUGGUCAGGCUGGUGCUGGAGGAUAUGGCGGUGCUGGUAUGGGGGAUGGUGGCCCCUCGACGCCGUCGAUGAGUGAAACUCUCCUCGGCACCUUUGGUGGCAACAACAGCAAUCCCUACAAGGCCACACAAAGCAUCGCCGCCAAACAGGCACGUGCCAAGAGAGAGGUCGACGAGGCCGACAAGGCGUACCGCAAGGCCGUCUUCGACUUGGAAACGCUGCGAUUGCGCAGGGUGCGGACGCUAAAAGCCGCUGCAGCCUCGGUGAUCGAGUGUCGGACCGAGCUGGCACAUACAGCUCAAGCUGUAUGGCUGCAAUCAGAACGCUCUCAAAUUGUGCUGCACGACAAGGGCAGCGGCCUGCACCAGCACAGCGAGGAUCUGGUCAAGACGACCCUUGACGAACUGGACCAGGAACUCAAGUCGAUGGAGGAAAAUUUGCCCGGCGUCAGAACCCUGGAAGACAACCGAGUCUCCUACGUCAACUAUUGGCACGGCGAGCUCAAAAAUCUUAUCUUUGGCACGCCGCUGGUCGACUAUCCGCUUACCGUGCCAUAUCGUCUUAGCGAUACGAUCGCUCCUCCCCUCAUUGUCAUCAAGUGCAUCGACUUUAUCGAAACGCACGCCAUCAAUCUGGCCGGCAUCUACCGGAUCUCGGCGAAACAGUCGAGCGUCAAGCAGCUGGCUCUGGCCAUCGAAAAGGACGAGCUGGGAUUCCAAUUUGACCCCGCCAAGGACGAGCCCGCGGCUGUCGCGGGCGUCUUCAAGGACUACCUGCGUCAGCUGCCCGAGCCCGUGCUUGCUAUACCCUGGGCAGAGCGCAUCAAGUAUACCCACGAGAGGGAGGAGCAUAUUCGGACAGGAUUCGCCGUACUGAAAGGAAAGAUUCGCCGACUGCCGCCCAUUCAUCAGAUCACGCUCAAAGUCAUUGUCCAGCAUCUGAGCAAGGUGGCCCAGCACGCAGACCAGAACAAGAUGACCGCUGCUAACCUAAGCGUCGUGUUUUCGCCGUGCCUCUUGUCCGAGGCGGACCACGAGACGACGAGCGUGGCUGCUGCCAUGGAGGAGGACAAGACGAUGGAAGAUCUCAUUCUCUAUUGCAACGACAUUUUCGAUCUCAAGACGGCGGGCGCACCCUUGCUUCCGCCCAUUACGUCGACGCGUGUGGACGAGCUUUCCAGAGCUGGUCAGAGUGCAGCCGACGCAGUCUUUGCUGCUUCGUCACCGACGACAGAGAGCCCGCUGGAGGCGCCUUCGCCAUCGGAUUUACCCAUGGUCACCGGUGCGAGUCUCAAGAGAAGCAACGCGAUUACCACUGCUGUUGCGGUGGGCAGCGAAGGUGACGCCGAUGCCGCUGUCAAUCAUUCUAGGACCGCCAGUGGAGGUUCUGCAAAGGGUAUCGCAGCGGCUGCGCAUUUGAACGGCAGCAACCUUGCGGCCGGUAAACUGCCGAGUCAGCCGCUUGAUGCUGAGGUGACCAACGCCCAAGGUCUGCCUCGAAUUCAGACUGCAGACCUUACCGCGGAUGUGGAUGUGGAUCGGGCAUCGAGCAGCGCCGUUGUUGCGGGUUCCGAGAGAAUGGACCAUCUCCGUCAGGCUCAGCGUGCCGAGACAGACCCAAGCCCUCGUGGCACCGUCGCCGAAUUGAAUCGUCAGCUCGCUGCUGCGGAUGUAGCUGACAGCAACGAAUCUCCACUGCGCUCGAGCACAGGCUUGACAGGCGAGGAAGGUGAGAUCUACCUUGCCGCCACUUCCGCUUCGGUACCGUCUCCGCUCGCAGCCUACACUCACGGACCGCUUGCACCUGGUCUGCUCACUCCUGCAUCGCUGCGAUCGCCACUCGACUUUGUGAUUGACUCGGCUCAGGCUUCACAUGGACACCCGACACCAACGGCCGAACAUUUGAACCCCGAUGGAGACCAUUCGAUGACAGAGACCUCGCCGAUCGAGGCCGAAGAAACGCAUCACGGCUAG